CACGUAGUCUAUCGAUGGCGCUACACGGUCUGACACGAGACAUGUGAGUGGUCUGGUUGGAUCUGGUACACGAGGCGAUCCUUUCAGCUAGAUUGGAAAUAUAUAUUUGGAUUCUUGUUUCUUGUGUGAGUUUUGAUUUCUCGUUGCGAGCUCGAUUGAGAAGUACGGAAGGAUGUGGUUCAGUGGCAAUAUCCCGGAUGCCAUCGCCUCGGCGAAAUCUCAGGAUGCUCUGCUCCUCGUUUUCUUGGCAGAUGAAUCAGACAGUUCCAAGAUGGUGAAGUCAAUGCUGGAAGGAGCGGAGUUGAGUGGCCAAUUCUCAAACCCAAAGCAGUUUGUGGCUCUGAAGUUGGACAAGGAUACAACUCCAUUCAGACAGUUUUCUGAAAUUUACCCAGUAGUAUGCAUUCCCAGCAUAUUCUUGAUUGGACGCAAUGGAACCCCCUUGGAAGUUAUAGGAGGAGCAGUGGAUGCAUCUUUCAUGAAAGAGAAGAUCAUGGGGGCCCUUGCCUUGCACAAAGGGAAGGAAGUAGCAUCUGGAGAGGGAUCUCAUCCUGUUCCAUCACAAGACAGCAGUGGAGAAGCUAAUUCAAGUGAAGGGGCCAGUGCUCAAAUAUCUGCUGAUGGAAGUGGUGAAAUGGACCAGGGUGCCAGUGAUAGCACUGGAUCUGAAUGUAGAAGUGUUGAGGAGCGAGUGGAACAUACAAAAAAGCUUUUGGAGCUCCGACGGGAGCAAAAGAGGCAAGAGGAGCUUGAGAAAGAGAAGGAGAAAGAGCGUGAACGGAGGAGAACUGGACAGGAGCUGCAGAAGUUUCGUGAAAAGCAAGAGGAGGAAGAAAGGAUGAAGGCAGCUGCUGAGAAUAAAAAAGAUCGAGAUGAGGAGCGCAUGGCACGAGAGCGAAUCCUUCAGCAGAUUCAACAAGACAGAGCUGAACGUUCAGUAAGGUGGUCAGCAGAAAAGAGUGCUAAGAUGGAAGCUCAAGAGUCCAGGCAGAAAGAGGAAGCCAAUCGAAAAUGGAAGGAGGAGCAGGAGCGACUAGCUGCCAGCAGUUCUGUAGCACGCAUCCAGUUUCGCCUGCCAGAUGGGUCCCAACGUGUACAUGAUUUUGAUCCAGAUGCUACACUGCAAGAAGCUUGGGAUUGGGCAAAAGGGAACAUAUCUCUACCCUAUUCCCGCUUCACUCUCAGCACUCUAUAUCCACGGAGACAAUUUGAGAAUGAAGAGUUUUCUUCAACCCUUCGGGAUCUCCUCCUUGUGCCUACAGCUGUUCUUCUGAUACUGCCUGCAACAGUGGGAACUCGAGAUGUACGAGCAAGUGGGGAUGGAGGCAGCUCAGUUGCCUCACUCCGGUCCUUGUUCUGGACCAUUUGCUCUCCGUUGGUGGCUGUAUUCAACAUGUUGAUGGUUUUGCUCUCUUCUUUCCUCCCGAGCUCUUCACCCCCUUCUCGGCCACUUCCACCACCUAAUUCCUCAACCCCACCUCCUUCAGCAUCUGCUCUUCCUAGCCGGCCGUCUGGAUCAUCUGGACUCAUUCUGACUGUUGUCUGUUCCCUUCUGCUGCCAUUGGAGUUUUCCUCCCUAAAUCCAUCUGUGAAGUGGGAGAUGAGCAGUGGAGAUGGGGAUGGACUCCAAAUCAAAAAGGAGGAGAUUGAUGACAAGGAGAAGGAGGAAGAAUCCAAGCACUUCCAACGCAUUGUCAAUGCUUUUCAGUACUACAGGAUUCAUUGCCUGGAGCGUGUGAACCACACGCUGAGCCACCUCCUAUCACUGAAUUUGAGGCACCAGGAGAUGCUGACCAAGUACAGAGAGCACCUGACCUGUGUGCGCUCCUGCAUUGAACACAAUGCUAAGAUUGUAGACUUAAUUGUUGCUGAUGCCAAGUACCUCUAUGUUAAUGCAGCACAUGAAACUAUUAGAUCCUGUAACCCAAAGCAGGCAUCAAUGGCUGACAUGGACAAGGUCCAGAGCACCCUGAAGCAGUUUGUCAGAGAUUGGAGCAGUCUUGGGCAAGAAGAGCGUAAUGCCUGUUAUGGCCCCAUCCUCAGGGCUCUAGUCCAUGCCUUUCCUCCUGAUGAAGUACCUGCAGGAAGCGUGAGAGUCCUGGUGCCUGGAGCAGGGCUUGGACGUCUAGCAUUUGAGAUAGCUAGUCUAGGUUUUGAAUGCCAAGGGAAUGAGUUCUCCCUCUUUAUGCUCCUUGCAUCCAACUUUGUCCUCAACAAGUGUAGUGGAGUGGACAUGUACACUCUAUAUCCAUUUGUGCACCAGUACAUCAACAACCUGAAUGCAACUGACCAGGUGCAAGCCAUCAAAUUCCCGGAUGUUAAUCCCAGCUCAAUUUCCCUGGAAACUGAGUUCUCCAUGGCUGCUGGUGACUUCCUCAAUGAUAAUGGCAAAUAUUGUAAUAGGAUCCUGAGUCCAGGAGGGAUCUGGAUCAACCUGGGUCCUCUGCUAUAUCACUAUGCUGAUAUCCCUGGGGAGGUCUCCAUUGAACCUGCAUAUGAUCUCCUUCACGAUCUCAUUCUUGCCUGCGGCUUCACCUUCUUGGUGGUGCAGGAGGAAGAUACAGAUGUGCUGACGACAUAUGCUCAGAAUCCAUACAGCAUGUUGAAGAGUGAGUAUCGCUGUGUAUUCUCAGUCUGCUUGAAGCCCAAAGAGGACAGCUCUUCAAUUGGUGCUUGA